CCCCCCCCAAAAAAAAAAAAAGAGUACCCGAACCAAUUGAAAGUUGAAACUAGUUGCAGGCCCCAGGGGCAGCAGACGGCAACGCAACCGCACGGCCUCGGUAGCAUGAGGAAAGAAUGGAGGAGAAGCAUGAGAUGAAGAGCGCACGCCGAAAAAGGAAAAGCAAACCCCAGACUCUCUCUUACGACAACGGUAGCCUUCACCUUCACCCUCAACUUCGACAUGUUGAUGCCGACACCAUUUUCGCUCUGUUACUCGCAGCGAUCUCCAACUCUCACAGACCCGACUCCCUUUCCUUGAUCGAGAAAUGUCUAAUCAAGCUCCCUCACUCUCUUCUCUCCACCAAACCCAAUCACAUCCUCUCUUUGCUUCCCUUCCUCCUCAGUUCCAAAAGGGCCUUCAUAACGUCUCGCGGCGCGGAGAUUGUGGGCAUGGCGUCGCUGUUUUCACUCGAAAUGAAUGAACGGAUUGCUUUCGAUGCUGAUAUUGUGAAAGGUCUGGUUUCGGCUUUGGCAAGUUCUAAGAGGAGUGUGUUGAUGGCUGCGUGCAAUGCUGUUCUGGAUAUGUCGACAACCUCGGUUGCUCGAGAACGCCUGCUGGCAUCCUCCGCUUUGGAGAGUCUAAUGUUUGGAUUCCUUCAGGUUCCUAAAUCUCCAGUGAUGCAAGUCUCUCUAUGCACUGUAGUUGAUGGAAAUGCUACCUGUCUCAAGAUCGGGUUUGAGGAAGAAGAACUCCCAAUAUUACUUCUUACUGCAUCUGUAAUUCUCAUUAACUCCUGCAACACGGAACAGUUGGAAAAGAUCCCAACAAAUCUAUCUGAAACUUUCUUGGUCCUUUUGAAAAAGCUGUGGGCUAAAGUGCAUAAUCAAAUGUUGCUUCCCAACACCAUGAGAUCCAUCCAAGAGGCACACAUUUAUGUAAGCAACAUUAGAACUGAUAAUAUCGCUGAAAGCAUCUUUAGGCUUUCCAUUAAUAGUAGUCAAGCUACAGCAGCUUUGCCUUUUGAAGUGGUCAAAAGAAGUAUCUUUGGUUUGGGUAGUUCUAGUUUUGAAGAUUUCAUGUUAAAUCAUUGGGAGGUAUCACCCUUUAGAAUUUCAAGGGCUGUGGAUGUAAGAGAUGAUGUUUUCAGUUCAUUUUUACAGUCUCUACACUCAACCGAAACAGUUCCCUCUUUUCUUUCUUUAAUCCUUCAAAACACUGUGUCUUGUUUUCCUAUUUCUUCAGAUGAACUAGGUAUCCUUAGUUUUUUGGAGGAGGUGAGGAAUAAAUUGGGUUGCCCUAUAAUCUAUCAGCAAGACAUACGGGUGUUAAGAACAGAAAGCCAAUUGAAAAGAGAGGUGCAUUUCUUUAAGGAGAGUCUCAACUCUUGCUACAAAAAUGGUUCCCACCUUUUUAACAUUGAUGAUGUUUUGAAAUGUGAAGAAGCAUAUCAAGAGGGUUACACAGUAGCACUUCGUGGCAUGGAAUUUCGCUUUGAGAGCAUCGCCGCUAUUGCAAAUGGAGUAGCAUCUAUCUUUGGCCAACCAUCUGUGGGUGUCAAUAUGUACUUGACGCCGCCUAAUUCUCAGGGUUUGGCUCGUCACUUUGACGACCACUGUGUGUUUGUUUGCCAACUUUUUGGAACUAAGAAAUGGACUGUUUUUUCUCAGCCAAAUGCUCAGUUACCUCGCUUAUAUGAUUCUCUUGAUAGGCUACCUGGUGCAGAGGCUGAGGUUUCAGUGGCUGAAUGCAGAGAGAUUUUGCUAAAAGAAGGUGAUAUCUUGUAUAUUCCCAGAGGUUUUCCUCACGAGGCAUGCACAGAUAAUGGCGGUUCCAAUGGCUCUGCCGGAUUUUCCUUACAUCUUACACUUGGUAUUGAGGUCGAACCGCCUUUUGAGUGGGAGGGAUUUGCUCAUGUUGCACUUUGUUGCUGGAGCCAGACCCAGAAGCAACCUCAGUUCUCUCUUCUCGAUUCUGCAGUACUUCUUGAUGUUAUUUCUGUGAAUGUCUUGCAUGUUGCAAUUGGGCUAGUAGGUGAUUCUGAUCCUACCUUCAGGAAGGCUUGCUUAGUUGCUGCAAUUUCUUUGUCAUCAGACACUGGUUGCUGGCUUGAUCUGAAUCAGAGAACCAUUUUCAGCCAUUUGAUUGAUAAAGUCAACACAGAGUCAAGGUUCUUGGAAGCGUUUAGGAGCAUUGAAGUUGCAAUUCAGAAAACUGAAGACCCCUUUCAUCAGAUAAGAUGGCUCCGGCUACUCAAUAUGGAGGGAGAAAGCAUUGAAGGAAUUGAUUGGGAUGUGCCUUUCGUGGAGAUGGCCAAGUUAUUCCCUUUAUGUGUAAGACACAAAGAUCAGGUAGAAGCAACAUUCAUGCGUGUCAAGUCUAGGUUCUGUGAUGAGGUGUUAUUUGGCGAUGUAGUAGAUAGCUAUAAAAUGCUACUCGACAAGUAUAGGAAGGUAAUAAAUAAAAUUGCAUUUGGCGUGGUGAGAUUUUGCUGCAUUUCUUGUGUGAAGUUGUGAAUAAAUCCAAAGGGCAUCCAGCAAUGUCCCAAGUGCAUCUGUUGAUGUAAAACAAGGUGCUUUCCUUCUUAACAUAUGAUUUAUGUUAGUGGGACAUCAUACUAAAAUUUGAGUGUUGUAUUGGAACGUUUCUUCUAUUGAAAGUUCUUAUGUUUCAUGCA